AAUGUACGGCAAGCGGGAGGGACAAACUGUAGUUAAUGUUUGGAGUCGGGUAUCCAGGUUAGUGUUUUGUCAGGGUCGGUGGGUGACGGUUGUGGGAGGUGAAAUCUGCUGGGCCAUGUCGGCCUUCGAGAAGCCUCAGAUCAUCUCCCAUAUCCAGAAGAGCCUCAACUACACGGUGUUUGACUGUAAGUGGGUGCCCUGCAGCGCCAAAUUUGUGACCUUGGGCAACUUCCCACGGGGCACUGGUGUUAUUCAGCUGUACGAGAUCCAGCACGGAGACCUGAAACUGCUUCGGGAGAUUGAAAAGGCCAAACCCAUUAAAUGUGGAACAUUUGGUGCAACAUCUUUACAACAGAGAUAUUUAGCUACUGGAGAUUUUGAUGGAAACCUUCAUAUAUGGAAUUUGGAAGCUCCGGAGAUGCCAGUAUAUUCUGUAAAGGGCCAUAAGGAAAUUAUAAAUACUAUAGAUGGUGUAGGUGGACUAGGAAUUGGGGAAGGAGCACCUGAAAUUGUGACUGGCAGCCGAGAUGGAACCGUGAAGGUGUGGGACCCAAGGCAAAAAGAUGAUCCUGUUGCUAAUAUGGAACCUGUACAAGGAGAAAAUAAGAGAGACUGUUGGACUGUUGCAUUUGGCAAUGCUUAUAAUCAAGAGGAACGUGUCGUUUGUGCUGGCUAUGACAACGGGGAUAUUAAACUGUUUGAUCUCAGAAAUAUGUCAUUGCGAUGGGAGACAAACAUUAAAAAUGGGGUAUGUAGCGUGGAGUUUGACAGAAAAGAUAUAAGUAUGAAUAAGUUAGUAGCUACAUCUCUGGAAGGGAAGUUCCAUGUUUUUGACAUGAGAACACAGCAUCCAACCAAAGGUUUUGCCUCUGUUUCGGAAAAGGCUCAGAAGUCUACCGUGUGGCAGGUCCGACACCUGCCACAGAACAGGGAGCUCUUUCUGACUGCUGGAGGUGCUGGCGGCCUUCACCUCUGGAAAUACGAAUACCCUAUUCAGCGGUCAAAAAAAGAUUCCGAGGGAAUGGAGAUGGGAGUUGCGGGUUCCGUGAGCCUUCUGCAGAAUGUGACGCUGUCUACCCAGCCCAUUUCAAGUGUGGACUGGAGUCCGGAUAAAAGGGGUCUCUGCGUCUGUAGUUCAUUUGACCAAAUGGUGAGAGUACUGAUUGUUACGAAACUCCACAAAAUUUGAUCUGAUGGCUUUGGACUUGAGAUUCUCCUGAGGAACACUCAUAGAAUUUAAGAUAUGUCUGGGGAUCCUCUGACCCACAGUGAACAAAGUUGGACUUGACUGAUUUAAAAAAACAAAAACAAAAACAAAAGACCCCGGGUGCAAACCUUCGCCCCGCUUCUCUCUGGGUGUGAAGUGCGGUGGGAUGCGUUGGUUACGGGAUUCGACUCCGCACUGACCUGCUGCUGUGCAUUGGGGCACCACUCUCCAGAGCCAGCUCUUUCUUCUCACUUAUGUCUAAUAAAAAGACAACAGUUGUCUAUAUUUAAACAUUUUAAAUUUGUUCUGCAUCCCCAAAGUUCCAUAUUUUUAUCUUUACACUUGUAUUGCAUUUUAGUGUUUACAGUGUUGUGGCAGGGAUCAUUUAAUUUGGUUUAAAAGAGUUUGCCUUGAUAAAACUACUGUGUAUUAACUUCAUAAAUACAUUUUGAGAGAUUUCAGUGUCAGUAAGUUAUUCCAUAGAGUAUUAUUUUAUAUAAUACAAAAAAAAUGGCACUGUCGGACUUGAUUUGAUAGCUGUCUUCAGUGGUAUAACUCAUAAAAUGAAAUACUAUAAUUUACAAAGACCUCUUUUCUCCUUAAAAGUACAAGGAGUUCAAUUAAUGAGACUUUCAUUUGUUGACUGUGGUAAGUGAUAUUGUUGAGAUGUUCAAGAUUGUGGGAGUUUUGUAGCCUUUAUGUUAAGCUUUUGUAUGUAUUUUAUGAAUAAACUUCUGAUUUUGAAAUCUG